UGUUUAUUUUAGCUCCUAGUGAGCCAUUAAAGUUUAGAAACAUUACUUAUGAGCCAUACAAAGUGAAAUUACAAUGGCAGAAACCUACCGAUCCCAACGGACCCAUCAAUGGUUAUACGGUAAUACGCAGAACGAACACUGAAGUUGAACAUCUUAACACAAGUAACACUUCUCUGACAGUCGAGAAUUUACGUUCUUGGACAUUAUAUGAAUUCAGUUUAUCUGCAUUUAACACGUGGAAUGGAAGUCUCUUAAGGAGUCCAGAGAAAAAAAUUGAAGUUAAGACCAAACAUCCAGUGCCUGUAUCUCCAACAAAUGUUAGUUGUCACAACUCCAGCAGUACUUCUAUUACUAUCAAAUGGGGGGAACCAUCUCCAUACGUGGGAAAUAUUAUAAAUUACACAGUUAACUACUGUAAACUUACACAGAAUUCAGCAAACAAGAAUGAAAAGAAUGAAAAUACAGAGACGAAAAACCUGACUUUAAACGAUUUAGAGCCGUAUACAAAGUACGAAUUUAAGGUUUCCGCGUGGACAAGUAAAGGCCAAGGCAAAUGGAGCACAUUAAUUAUUUGUCAGACGAGUUCUUCUCAACCAAAUAACAUAACUGAUUUUAAAGUAUCUGGAAGAUCUUCUACUUCGUUGCACGUCACCUGGUCACCACCGAAAGAGUUUCCUGGUCCUACCAAUUAUACAUUGACGCUUUUCAAAUUAGAUAGAUGUAAUAAAAAGUCUAGAGAGAAUGUUCAAACACAAGAGAACAUUGGUUACAACAACAACACUGCCUAUUUUUUCAAGUUGGAGCCUUAUACUAAAUAUAUUGUGGACAUUCGAGCUACAACAGAAGUAGGGAACUCAUCAUCAUCAUCAUUAGAAAAGGAGACGUUGCCUGAUCGUCCUAGUUUAGUGAAAGAUGUAAAAGAUGAAGUUAAGCCAACUAAUAUAAACAUUUGUUGGAAGAUUCCAGAGAAACCAAAUGGUAAUAUAACGGAGUUCUUCAUAUCUUAUGUAGAAUCAAAGGACAGGAGAUUCCAGAGAAACAAAACUAUUACACGUUCUCACCGUGAAUGCGAAGUUGAUCCUCCAUCUUACAACACAACAAUAGAUCAACUUUUGCCUGAACAUUCUUACGUGUUUUCGAUUUAUGCCAAAGUUGAUGACACGAAAGGCGGUUUUAUCAGAGGAAAUGAGGAGAUUUUCACUCGUACUCUUCCUGCUGGAUGGCCGCCUUUCCCAAAGAAAAAUAUCACUAUUUUAGAGAAGUUUAAACGACAGAUUACGUUUGAACUCUAUAACGAUACAUUUUCUAAUAGUAUGGGCGCUAUUAUUAACUAUGCUGUUAUAGUAGAAAAAGGUCAUCCUAACAACAAACCAGAACAAGGGAAUCUCAAUAUAACUAAAUUACCCACGUGGUAUAAAUGUACUAAAGAAAAAAAUUGUACUAAAUAUCAAGCUACACCGAAUUCUUGGAAUCCAUUUAAUGUAAAUGAGUCUGUGAAAUGUAAACCAGUUGGCGACAGUAACUCGUGCAAGAUAAACUAUACUUUGGGGUAUGAUAACAGAUGUAAGAAUAAUAAGAUUAAAGAUUAUUGUAAUGGACCUUUAAGACCAGGCCUUCGUUACAGCAUCAAAAUUAGGGGAUAUACAACCUCAGGAUUCGCUGAAACUCCUCCCAUUUGUACAGAAACAGAACCCGAAGAAGCUCAGAAACCAAAAUCGGGCAUUAUAGUUGCUGUUGUUGUUAGUUUAUUGUUCUUAAUGUUAUUAGCAACCGGAUUUUUUAUUUAUAAGAAAUUUGGAAUUAUCAAUAGAUUUUUUGGGAAGACCGUAAUGGAGACUUCAACAGAAACGAAUGAUAUCAGUUUUAUGUCAGUUAUAACCAAGUCUAGACCCGUAAAAUUAAGCUCAUUUGCUAGUCACGUUAGUGCUAUGAUGGCAGAUUCUGCUCUGAGAUUUUCUCAAGAAUUUGAAGAGCUGAAAUCUAUUAGUCCAAGUCAUUCUUGUAGCGCUGCACAGAUGCAAGAAAAUAAAUUAAAAAAUAGAUGGAUUAAUAUAUUACCAUUUGACCAUUCCAGAGUUAAGUUACUUCCAAUGGAUGAUGAACCUGGUUCUGAUUAUAUUAAUGCUAGUUAUAUACCGGUGUGUAUUGAUGAUAAAGGAUUUAACUCUCAUAGAGAAUAUAUUGCCACGCAAGGACCUUUACCAAAUACAGUUGAUGACAUGUGGCGUAUGAUAUGGGAGCAUGGAAUCUCCAUGAUUGUUAUGUUAACUCAAUGUGUGGAGAGGGGGAAAACAAAAUGCGAACAAUAUUGGCCUCUAGAUAAAGAAGAAGCAACAUACGGAGAUUUGAAAGUGCAAACAAUCCACGAAUCCAUCCUAUCCGACUAUAUAAUUCGCAGCUUUAACGUUUCGCUGGGGGAGAAGCAACGUGUCAUGACCCAAAUGCACUUCACAAAGUGGCCUGAUUUCGGUUGUCCCGAAAAUACGGAGCUUCUAAUAAAUUUUGUACGAACCGUAAGGGAUCGUAUGAUCGAAAACGAUCCGAACCCUAUGUUGGUUCAUUGCAGUACUGGAGUAAGUAGAACAGGUACUUUUAUAGCUGUCGAUAGGCUAGCAAAGCAUAUUGAACUAUAUGACGUGAUAGAUGUGUUUCACAUCGUUCUAGAUAUGAGACAGCAUCGUACAAAUAUGGUACAAACGGAGGAUCAAUAUAUAUAUAUUCACGAGUGUGUGAGAGAUUUAAUACAAGAGAAGUUUGCUAGAAAUAAUGAAAGUUAUAAAAAUGUAUUUAUGACCUGAUCCUGUAUGGCAAUCAUGAA